UCUUAUUACCAACACAUCGAAACGACUCCGUCCUUUGCGUAUUUGCUAGUGGCAAACAAUCGUUUGGUGAGUCGGCGUCCGUGUUCCGCUAUGAAUCACAAUUCGAUGUGUUUGUCGAAAGUCGUUCGCUGCCUGUCUAUGCAGCGGAAUCGCUUACGAAGAUUAGCCACAUGGGUCUGAACUUUUUAGUUGUGUCUAGCCCGUAUCAGCAGACGGUUUCGGUUUGGCAGUGGGUCGAUCACUUGGAAUUCACGCGAUUAACGGAAAUACGUAUUUCAGCUCGCCUCGUACAUCCCUUCUGGCCUGAUAUGAAAGACCGCGUGAUGUUAGCAAUUGUCGAAAGUCAUAGCUUGUUUGUGCGCAUUUUCGACGGUGACUGGGACGAGUUACACAGACAAGGACUGGAAAACCUAAAAAAUUACCAUUCAUUACCUACCACAUUUCCAUACCACCGCAGUCAAAUCAAUACAGCGCGUUCACACGAAAUGGGGCAUAUGUACACUAAGAACAAGACUGAACAAGAUUCUACCUACCUCGAGAAUUCUCCAACCGUCACAAUUGGCUUCGAGAAAAGCCCAAUUACGAAUCACAGUUUGAAUGUUUCCGUCCGCGAAAACACAUUUCCAGAACAUAAAACGCAUCCACAAAAAGCAGCGCGUUCGGACCUAGCGGUUCAGCUAAAUCUCGGAAAAACACCUUUGUCUUCCAAACAAACAAAAAACAAUAAAGUCGUACAGACUUCAACCGCAAAGUCUCACGUACCUUUCAUGUCUACAAAUCAUAUCCAGAGACGAAACCCCAAAAUUCUUUCUCCACGAUACCAGUCUCGUGCAACAAAAACUAGAAUCACCACCCGUCUGGCAUCCAACGAGGAAAAAGAUGAACAAGCCCGAGAGACGUGGGGAGAAAGUGCCGAAGCAAGCCCGGAAGACGAUGACGAGUUCGUGCUGACCGAUUUCCCACCAGCUCCUGCAGAGACCGGAUCGGAAGCGGUGUCCACUAUGAAAGAGGCGUUGGACGUGCACCAAAGAACACCUGUUAAGAUUGAUUGGUGGUUUAAUAGGGAUGAGGUCGCAAUAGGCAACUACCUUAUGGAGCACGACAAGAAUAUCAUCCGCGUUCCGCUUGACGAAGACAAGUUUAGGCGUAAGGAAAAAACGAAGCAGCUAUCCAAUGAAGAAAAGCCAAUAACUAAUUAUGUGGACGUUGAUGAAAAAUUAUACAAAGUUCGACGAGAAAGAUACAUUUCUACACAGGUCUGAGGGUCAACCUCGAAGGCGUUGGGGUUGCACCUUUUUUUAACCACUCUAGAUUUUAAUAUUCCUAUCUCUAAUAAGCAGCUUAGUUAUAAAUGUUACGUCGUUCGGGUCCAUAUUUACGAUAACUAUCGUAUACUGUCGUUUUUUUAGCUGUUGUGUGUUGCAUUCAAAAUAUCAACUUGUUCAGAGUUGUAUUUCCGACCUUUGCAUGUAGACGUCUCAUUACUUCAGUGAAUGCUUGUCCAAUAAUCAAAAUCUAUAUCUUUAAUAUCUGUAUUGGCUGAUUUCAAGAUAAGCGCUACCGCCAUCGUUCCGAGCAUCGAACCAUUAUGUGUUAAACGUCAAUCAACAAGACAUAUCGAUACUAGUACGUACGGAAAGUCUAAUGAGGCUUGCUAUGUUUAUCGUGAUUUUGGCCACGUCAUCUAUUUGUAGAUAAAUCAUGCAAUUUUGGAAGACGGUCCGGAGACCAACUCAGUCAGAGAGAUGACCGGUAUGUUAACGAUUAGAUACAUCUUUUCGUCUAGGCUGCGCUUGCAUUGCGUAAUGUACGUGUCCUUUAGUGCUUAACAAAAUAAAGCAACAAAAGCAGACAGUUUUUUUGAAAGCUUAUGAAUUACGAAAAAGCGUCGACGUUCAAAAGUGCUUACCUUUGUUUUGCUUGUAAACCAAUGUUCCCCCAUCCCGGGGUUCAUCUUGGUUGACAAGCUUUUGAUGAAAAACAGAAGUUUGAGUCAACCUAAGU